GUAAAGACCUCCUUUGUGCUAAAGGUGGAGAGCCAUUCUGGGAGUCAGUGACUUCUGAGGACCCUUCUGUGUUGCUUAAUUCAGGAGAUGCCUACAGGAGCAGGAAUGAAAGCUGGUGGUCAAUCCAGGUUUAUGGAGAUGCUGGACAGCUUUGUAAUUUCCUGUAUAAGAACUAUGGACAAAUCAGAGGCCAGAGGUGUUUGAGACACAAACCCUAACCAAGAUGAUUCUUGACCUGUGUCCCAUGUCCAGUACAUAUUCGCCUCUCCCAUCACAUCCCAUCUCCUGAAUGCUUAAUUUCAGACAUUUGAGCUUCAGUGUGAAUAAAACUAGACCAUGAUCUUCUGGAGCAUAUCAUUAAAGGGUUGAAGCUGAGUCCUCAGAAAGUAAAUGAAAAGAAAAAAGGUCUGAAGAGUCUCCAUCCAUUUAAGCUCUGGAGGAGAAGUUGGAUCCAGCAAACCAUGCAUAGAGAAACUGACCAAUGGAGCAGAGGUCUUAUACAGGAGUGUAUAUGGGAAAUUACUUUGUGAUAAAGGUUGCAUAUUAAAAUUGUGGGCAACACAUGAAAAGGAGAAACUGUGGAAGAAAGAGGAGAACAAGAAGAUUAUGAUUUUCCAGAAUUCCAAGCCAUGGAGUGACUGCAGGAUGAAGCUCUCCAUUGGCAUCAUUUUCUGCUCCCUGGUACUGGGUGUCAGCAGCCAACGAUGGUUAACAUUCCUCAAGGAAGCUGGCCAAGAGACUAAAGACAUGUGGAGAGCCUACUCUGACAUGAAAGAAGCCAAUUACAAAAAUUCAGACAAAUACUUCCAUGCUUGGGGGAACUAUGACGCUGUACAAAGGGGGCCUGGGGGAGUCUGGGCUGCAGAAGUGAUCAAGUAAUGCACAUUCCUGAUGUUGCCGGUGAUGGGUGAGCAGAGCUUGCCCGCCUUGGACAGUCAGGAGUGAGGCAAGCUCCUUGUAGAGAAGUUAGAGGCUGCAGACCCUCCUCCUCUUGCUCUCUGUUUGCCUUUGUGCUUAGUGCAAGGUGAUCUUAGUGCAAGAGUGAUUCCUCACUCUCCCUCUCUGGGUGCUGUUCAUCCAGCCUAGGGGAGCCCAGCCUGGCUGAGUGGGGCGGUGCCCAGGCAGGGUCAGUGUUUUCACCACCACUUCCUUGGCCUUUCUGGGCUCCUCUCAGAGUCCCCCCUUGGAAAGCGGAGAAUGGGAGGGUGGGCUGUUGCUCACUGGCCUGGUGAUUAAUCUCUUUGCUUGCCUGGACUGCAGCAAUGCCAGAGAGAAUGUCCAGAGACUCACAGGAGACCAUAAGGAGGACUCGCUGUCUGGCCACGCUACAAACAAAUGGGGCCAGAGUGGCAAAGACCCCAAUCACUUCCAACCUGCUGGCCUGCCUGAGAAAUACUGAGCUUCCUCUUCACACUGCUCUCAGGAGACCUGGCUGUGAGCCCUGAGGGCAGGGACAUUUGUUGACCUACAGUUACUGAAUACUAUAUCCCUAGUACUUGAUACAGAACACAUAAAAAUGCUUAAUAAAUGAUUGUGAAAUCCAGUUUGUUUCUGGA